AUGUUGAUAACAUAUAUAUCUUUUGAUUUUUUAAAAGAAUCAUUAAUUUCAUUUUCAUUAAAAUCAUCUUCAAAAAGUGAUUCAUCGAUCUCAAACAAUUUAAAUAAUUCAAUCAAUCAAUCAAAUGAUACAAUUGCAAUGAUAAGUGCAUCAUCAUUUUUUACAAGACCAAACUUUGUAAAUUAUUAA